GCGAUCUGCGCGAUGUGCACAUUACGGGAAGCAACCACUGUAAUACGGUUUUGGAACGCAGUCCGGAGGGAUGAGUACCGGGUUCGGACCGUGGUGGAAGGAUUCCUUCCAUUCCUUCCGAGUAUCACACUAUUGGUGAGUAGGUAAUUUCAAAGAAUAGUUAACUGCACAUACAAAAAAGAGCAAUAAUGGCUUUAGCAUGGACCGAGAAGUAUAAGCUUAUUACCAGAAAUCUAGCCGAAUGGUUAGGAGAUGAGAAACUGAAGAAUAUUUUAAAAGAACGUGAUCUAAGACUGUAUUGGGGUACAGCUACAACAGGAAAACCUCAUAUUGGCUAUUUUGCUCCUAUGUCUAAGAUAGCUGAUUUCUUACGGGCCAGCACCGAGGUGACAAUUCUCUUUGCAGACCUUCAUGCAUAUUUAGAUAACAUGAAAGCACCUUGGGAGCUUUUAGAGCUUCGUACUCAAUAUUAUGAGGCUAUGAUCAAAGCGAUGUUGAAAUCAAUCGAUGUACCAUUAGAUAAAUUAAAAUUUGUUAAAGGCACAGACUACCAAUUAACUAAGGAAUAUACCUUAGAUGUAUAUCGUUUGAGCUCGUUGGUAACUGAGCAUGAUGCGAAGAAAGCUGGUGCCGAAGUCGUUAAACAAGUCGCUAAUCCACUGUUAUCAGGUCUUCUCUACCCGGGCUUACAAGCGCUUGAUGAACAUCACUUAAAGGUGGACGCGCAAUUUGGUGGUGUAGAUCAGAGAAAGAUUUUCACUUUCUCAGAGAAAUAUCUACCUAUGUUAGGUUACGAAAAACACAUCCAUCUGAUGAAUCCAAUGAUUCCCGGUUUGGCAGGUGCUAAAAUGUCUUCAUCGGAAGAAGAUUCAAAGAUUGAUUUAUUAGAUAAUCCUGCGGCAGUGAAAAAGAAGCUAAAGAAAGCGUUUUGCGAACCUGGAAACAUCACAGAUAAUGGAGUUUUAGCAUUCACCAAACACGUUAUAUUCCCAUUAUUCAAAGAUGGCGAAGUUUUCAACGUACCAAGAACUGCAGAAUUUGGCGGUGAUGUGUGCUUCUCUAAAUAUGCGGAUUUAGAAGUUGCCUAUGCGAACCAAGAAAUACAUCCUGGUGACUUAAAAAAUGCCGUAGAGGUGCACAUCAAUAAACUUCUUGAUCCAAUAAGAAAGGAAUUUGAAUCAAAUUCGAAACUGAAAUCGCUUGCAAACAAAGCAUAUCCUCCUCCACAGAAACAAAAAGUUGCGGAAGUGGAAAUUGUUCCUUCAAGGCUAGAUAUUCGAGUGGGCAAAAUAGUCGAAGUGAAGAAACAUCCCGAUGCCGACUCAUUAUACGUUGAAAAAAUAGAUUUAGGUGAAUCAAAUGGUCCACGUACUAUAGUCAGCGGCUUAGUUAAUUUUGUGCCUCUGAACGAGAUGGAAAAUAGGAUGGUAGUAGUUCUUGCUAAUCUGAAGCCAGCAAAUCUCAGAGGAAUCUCAUCACAUGGAAUGGUUCUCUGUGCCUCAGUUGAAGAACCAAUUAGGCAAGUGGAGCCUUUAAGGCCUCCUCUAGAUAGCAAGCCUGGCGAUAAAAUUGUUAUCGACGGACACGAAAAUGGAGUUGCGGAUGAAGUGCUAAAUCCAAAGAAAAAAGUGUGGGAGAAAUUGCAGGUGGAUCUUCUAGUGAAUGGAAAUGGUAUCGCUUGUUGGAAUGGAAAUCCACUGCUUACCUCAACGAACGGCAAAAUAACAUGUGACACAUUAAAAAAUGUUCCGAUUAAAUAAUGCAUUUAUAUUUAAUUUUAUUGUUUAUAAUAUUUAAUUAGACUGCUAAUGUUUAUAUUUUUGCGAAAUAUCUUGUUUUUUUCAUAUUUUUUCAACAUUUAACGAAUAUGAACAUAAUAGAAAUAUCAAUAAAAAAAUUUGACCAAAUUAGAAAAUAUUUUAAUAGAUUUAAUAAAUAGUUGCUUUCAUUGUCAUUUUUUAAAAUACAAAAAAUGUUGGCCUUAUCAUAUAAUACAAAUUUUUCAAUUAAUUUUCAAAUUGCAAUCAACAUUCAAUGUUGUAUAGUGGCUUUUGUUCUUUGAUAACUUUCUUGUAACUUUCCUUUCAAUUAAAAGCUUUAAAUGACGAAAUUUUCAAAAUCAACCGAAUUUGCUUGAAACAUUGUUACCCGUGAGUUUUGAAGAUUGUUGAUUACGAAUCCGAUUUAAAAUAGAAAAUUUAAAAUGGCGAAUCCAAUAAUGGAGGCCAUAAUUUUCAAGCAAAUUCGGACAAUUUUGAAAAUUACGUUUGUCAUGUAAGUCCGCCAUAUUAUAUCUGGCAUUUUUAAUUUUGUAUUUUUGAUUGAAUUCGUAAUUAGCAACCGUCAAAAUUCUCGAGUAACAAGUUUUAACUCAAGCAGAACAACAAGUCAAAAUGACAUCAAAGUGAUUCACAAUUGUGUCAAAAUGAUAUCAAAGUGAAUCGUAAAGUGAUCAAAAAGUGAUUUUUAAUGAUCAUUUUGCAGUCAUUUUGACUUUAUUUUGACGUCGUGAUGACUCUCUGUUCUGCUUGGGAAUCGAAUUCGGUUGAUUUUGAAAAUUUUGUUUGUUAUAUUGAAUCCGCGAUUUUGAAUUUUGUAUUUUUUACACCGGAUUCAUACUCGGCGACCUCAAAAACUCCCAGAUAAUAAGUUUCACAACAUUAUCUUCAUUAUUUCUUCACCAGAAGAUAUAACAGUGUUGUUAAUGGAUAAUGAUAUAAAAUAAACUUUUUAAAACUCUUAAAAAAAUAAAAUAGUAAUUAUAAAUAA